AUGACAAGUCAACCUGUUUUACGACAACCUGUAGAUCCAACUGACCUUUAUCCAUUUACUGAUAAUUGGCAAAAAACUCUUUUUGGUUCAUUUAAACCAUGUCCACGAUCGGCUUAUGCAUGUUGCUGUGCUCCAUGCUUUACAGCUCAAUUAACUGAUCGUGCAGGUGAUCAUUUACUUACAUGUUGUCUCAAUCCAUGUUCAUUGAUGGCAGUACGAACAAAAGUUCGAACAGCUUUUAAGAUUAAAGGAAGUUUAAUAGAAGAUUGCUGUGUAACAGCAUUUUGCGUAGCACCAUGUGCUGCAAUGCAAAUAGAACAUGAACUUAAUCAUCGUGGUAUUCCUGCUAAACGUGUCAAGUAG